GGACGGUAGAGAGUAUGCAUUCGACGUGCUGAUCUUCGCUACCAGCUUCCAGCCAGCAUUUCCUUUAGUAGGUCGCAAUAGCAACGAACUUUUCCCGGGCAUGGGAAAAGGAACUGCGAAGGGCUCCCUGGGAGUUGCGGCUCACGGUUCCCCGAACUACUUUUAUGUUCCUUGGUCCCAACAGUCCUCUUACGAACUCACCGCUCAUUAUCCGCAUGGAGGCACAGGGAUAUUAUAUCGCCAGUUUUCUCAACCAGUGGCAGAAGGAAGACAUCCGCCCCUUUGAGCCCAAAGUAGCCGCUGUUGACGGCUUCAUGGUGCAGAAGGACUUAUUCAUGAAGAGCAUGAUCUGGGAGAGUGACUGUCGGUCCUGGUUUAAAAACGCCAACACCGGCAAGAUCAGUGGGCUAUGGCCCGGGAGUAGACUGAGUUAUAUCGAGGCUCUGGCCAUGCAGCGAUUCGAAGAUUUCCAUGUCACAUACGCAACCAAGAAUCGCUUCGUGUAUUUAGAGAAAUGGGUUCAGCCAGACGCACUUCCGACCUGGGCGCGAUCUCACAUAUUAUGUGCACAACGAGGAUCGCGGUGAAUCGGUCUUUUCUGAGUUGAUGAGUACUGGUAAUGCCAAGAACUCGGCCAGCUUUCUGACUGCACAACAAGCGACAAAAUUGUCGUUCUAGGCGCCUUGAGGGAAUCCUUUUAGGUAGAUAUAAUAAUCGUUGUCCACUUUUCGGUUCAAUCU